AUGCAGAGCUCUUUGGACCGAGGCUCGUCGGGGUCCUGUGAGUGUGCGAGGACACGGGACCGGCCCGGGCACGGCUCCUCCAGCAGCGCUUCCCUCCAGCUGGGCUCCGGGGGCUCUGGGAGCUGCUGGGCUCAGCGCAGAGAGAGCCAGCCUCGCCUGCCCUCGCAAGCGAGCCUUUGCUUAGGCAGCAGCCCUGACAGGGAGGUGGCAGCAGUCGGGUGCCUCCCACAGCACCGGGCACAGCUGGAGCACAGCUGGGCACUGCUGACAAGCACGUGUGUGCUGGAAGACACCUUGCAGCGACACCAGCAGGGACGGGCCAGGGAUGCUGCAGCAGUUGGCUGGUGCUGGUUCCUGCUGGCUGCCUUGGUCUCUGCUGUGAUGGUGGGCUUGAGGAUGGACUUCAGCAUGCUCCUGGAGCCUCUGGGCUUUGUUAAGGUCCUUGAAUGGGUUCUUGCCAUCUUUGCUUUUGCCACAUGCGGAGGCUUUCGAGGUGAAAUUGCUCUUCUAGUUUCCUGUGAAGGUGUGGUAAACAAAACAGUUACAGCUGCUUUUGCUUAUCCAUUCAGGUUGAAUACUGUUGUAUUUACUGCACCAGACCCAAAAGGCUGUGGUGGUACUUGGACUGAUGCCCACCUCACGGGUGACUUCUCCUCUUCUGCACACUUCUUUGUUACACUGGCAGCAUUGGUGUUCCUCUACUGUAUUACUGCCCUUGUGGUAUAUAUUGGGUAUAACCACGUGUAUCAGCAAAAUAACAAGUUGCCACUAACUGACUUGGCAAUCAGUGUCUUGAUAGCCUUUCUGUGGCUGGUCAGUACUUUUGUUUGGGCAAAGGCACUUGCUGACAUCAAGGUGUCCACAGGAGCCAGCGUUGUUCCAGGAAUUGAAUCUUGCAAAGCACCAGCAACAACUUGCCAUUUUCUUUCUGUGACCAGCAUGGGAGUUCUGAAUGUGGCUGUGGUGUUUGGCUUGCUUAAUAUGACUUUAUGGGCAGGAAAUGUUUGGCUUGUAUACAAGGACAACAACUUGCACAGCCAAUGGAACAGAAUUUCUGAAAGUCCAACUGAAAGGGUAUAAAAACAAGUUGAUGUUUUGAAGUGCUUCCACUUUCACAUCACGCUACCAAGAGCAGGGAGCCAUUAGGAGUCAUCUCAGUAAUGACUGAUAAUUCAUACAAACUUCUAUUGUGUACUAUGGUUUGAUGUAAGGUCUUGGGUACUCAAUUUGAAGUGUUUCAUUAUCAUGAAAUAUAUUGUGUCUUUCAAGGCUAUGCAGCAUUAUAUUACAGUUUUUGAAGAGCAAAAUGAAGAGCUUAUCUGGAUGCUGACCCUGUCUGGUUCUUAAAUUAGCCUUAUAGGAGGCAUGGCUGAGAAGCAACUGUAUCUGGGUUAUUACUGCAUCAUGUUUAGUUCUGCCAAGUCUUCUCUGAAAAAUGGGAAGUAAAUUCACCCAGGGCAGGUGAAAAUGCAGUUUAGUUUCUUCCUACCACUGAUACCUUGCAAAAGUCACCUGAAUAGAAUUCAUAGCUCUGUCAAAGUUGCAGCCAGGAUGUGUAGGUUUCCAGAUCAUCUUUUCAGAUCAUUGUAUCAGAUCUGCUG